CACACGCUUCGCGACUUCGAUGCCGAAUCUCACGCGACGACGAGUUAACGGCGAAGAGCAGCGAGCCGCUCCAACAACGCUGCGAACGGCCGGAACAGUGUGUACGACAUGUCGCCGAACGACUGAACGAUCCUGAACGACGCUGCGCACCAUGGCAGCUCUCACACCGAUCACCGCUCUCGAUCCCGAAACGAGACCUCCGCCGGACAAGACGAUUCGUGCCGUCGUGUCGUUAUAUUGGCCGUACAGCUCUUCGACGAAGCAAUGCGCCUUUCUACUGACCGAUCCAGACCCUCGGCUGAGAAGCCGACGAGGACAGGUCCGCGUACGCUUCACUUUGGCCAGCGCGACUGCAGUGGCACAGGGCAAAAUUGGUAUUGGAGAUGAGGUCUUGCUUAACCUACGUGGUGCUCAAUGGUCGAGCUACAGCUCCACAGUCUCGACGCCAGGCAAGAGCGUUGAAGGGGAGCUUGUCUACAGAGGAGACUUGAGCUUGCGCGUUGUGAAAAAGGCUGGAAGCAACGAGGCGAUCGAUCAGCGCAUCGAUGUCAAUGUGUCCACGCCACCUCCAGAUGAGGACCCGCCAGUCCAUCAAACACCGAUCAGGAACACAAGAGUGGCGAGCUUAAGAGACAGCUUAGGAGCAGUGGAUCUUGUGCCGAUAUAUUCAAGUCCAGCAUUCAUUCGGAGACAGCGGCUUUCUGGGGACGGCUUCGGCGCUGGACCUGAGUACGAUCCUUUCGCGGACAUCGAUCGGGAGCUGGACGAUGAGCAGCCGAGAAAGAGACAGCGUAUCAGCGAUGUAAGCUUUUGGAGGUUCGCGGACAGAACGCCUAGCCCACAGAAGCGAACGGCGAGGGAGGGCGUAGAGGAGCAAAUUGAUAUGGCUGCGGCAACAUCAGGUGUCAGACAUGAGGUCGACGUCUUGAACGGGCGAGGUGGAAACGCCAGCCCCAUUUCGAACACUUCACCGACACCUUCAUCGCUACCCGUCAAGCUCUCGCCGCUGCCACCUGCGAAGAGCGAUGUUGCACAACCGCUUCAAGAGCCACCCGCAUCAAUGUUGCCACCACCUUUGCCUAAGCUGCGCAUGCCAGAUAAUCCAUUCAUGAUGCAGUCUGAGGAAGAUCACGACAACUCGACGCAAGACCCCAAGCGGCCUGUCACGCCGGAACUCAAAGCUGUGCCAGGUUACACACUGCCGAUACCUUCACCGUUUCCACAAGAGUCAGCACAACCGUCAAUCGAACCCGAUCUCGCCACAGCACAGAAGAUUGCCGAACAGCAAGAGCCAAGCACUUCUCCGCAGCGGGAGGACAGAGUCAACGACGAAGUGCGGCUUGUGAUCAACCCUACCAUCGCUGCUCUGGCUAGCUCGCCAUCACAGGGGUCACCGCAGAGGUCAAACAAGAGCGCGCAAGGGCGAGCUCGAGGACGCAAUCAAGCGUCGCGGUCCUCCGGCAGUCCAAGGUCCAUAGGUGCUUCCAGCAAGCAGUCACAGGCGUUUGGUAGCCAGACCGCAUAUCAGUCUCAGUCGUAUGGAAUGCUUAGACAACCUCCCGACAGCAGCCAAGAAGUCUACCCUGAUCAUCAAGGUUCAGGCUCGGACACAGAAGAGGAUGAAGAGAUGCAGAAAGUGUACGAUCAGCGGGCUCUGAGCCAUGCUCGCGCAAUGCUCGAGCGUGAAGGCGUCAAGAUUCGAGAUUGGGUCCAUCGUGACGAUGCUGCUGAAGUCAUCGAAGACAUGGGUGAACGGCCGGAGACGAGUUCGGAUGAAGAUUUUGAUGAAGAACAUGAUGACGAAAGUAAUGAAGACGAUGAUAUGCUAGACGCCGAGGACGAUGACUAUGAGGACGAGAUUGACGUUCAUCUCGUUACUGGUUUGCGUUCUCCAGACCCUUCACAGACUACAGCCAGACAGAGCGUUGCAGACAGAGCAGCGGACCCCCCUAUCAACGUCUCAGGCCGGAUUUCGCAAAGACCCGCGCACGACAGACCGAAAAGUUCACCUCCUGAAGGACUUGAUGUUGCUGAGCCGGUCGAGGGACAAUCAGCCGCAACUUCGGUCAUGUCUUCCCAGCCUGCCACCAUGUCCAAGGAGCUGGCGGCAAAUGAAGAGGUAUCAGCGAAGAUUUCCGCAUCGAGCGAAGCUGCUGCAACUCAUCCAGUGGCCCAGAGCGCCUUAACACAGCCAGAGCGAAGGCUGCCGCCGAAGACGCCAGAGAAGACAAUACAGAGCCUAUUUGGGUUUGGCUUCGGCAUGGAUGGCACGAAUGACGUGCCAUUUGAGCCAAUAGAGGUCACUAAACCCACACCACAAUCGGAGAAGGAACGCAUAAUGAAGAAGACCUACAGCAGCUUGUUCGGCUUCAAAGCAUCUCCGUCACCGGAGAAAGAACGCACGCCUGCGCCGCAGAUACUUGAGACUCCAACCCCCUUUGGUGUUGUGCAGCGAGAAGCGUCAGAUGUCGAGGUGCCCUCGGCCCAGUCUCAGAGCGCUCCAGUGGCCCCACUCAACGAUUUCGUCGGUUCUCAGACUCCCUCUGAUACAAAUCACAUCUCCUCAGCUGCUGCUACAGCUGGUACCAUAGCUUCUAAUGCCGUACCCCCGCAGCACGACCCUUUGCAUAUCGACGAGCCGCUUGCUGAGUCCCAAGGGGAUUCUCAACUCAUAAGUGAGAGCCAACCAGUGCAGUCAAUACCAAUGGUGGAUGUGGCAGCAUCGCAGCCUGGAAUUGAUUCGAAUUUGACCAGUCAAGAUACCUUCCCUUCACUCGAAGUGCAGCUUUCCGAGACAUCUCAGCCGGAACAGGAGCAACAGGAGGACCAUGUACUGCGGAACGAGCGACAUACCGUUUCUUCAGUAGAUCAGCCAGCACAACUCUCUGAGCCAACAUCACAGAUUGCAGUUCCCCUUGACUCCCACGCAUUGGAUGACAUGCCAUCUGCAGAGUCGAUGUCUCAGCAGCAGGCCUCUGUCGAGGACGAUGCACCUUUUGACGACGAGGCGCUCGUAGCAUCAAUGCUGAGGGAUGCUACACCCGUGCUACCCAGCUCGCAGGUUCUGAUUGGCGAUGUGGCGACACCCGUAGACAAUCCAGGCGAACGCAAACCACGAUCCUCGCCAGCGAUUCCGAGAACCAGUGAGGAAUCUUCACAUACGGCCCCGAAGGAAGUCAGAAAAGAUGCUCCUCUUCCCGGUACAGCUCCAGUCCGGUCUCUGGGAUCUAAAAAGGUCGAUGCUCCUCCAACCAGUACUGCACCCAAAAGGGCUCAGGUGGAGGUCAUCGAUCUUGACACAAGUGAUGAAUCGGACGCUGAGGAUGAUGUAGCACUGCCAUCUCAGCCAAUGCAAAUUGAUACGAUCGAAUCGCACGAUAUUCUCGCUGACAUUGACGACCUCGAUGAUCGAUCAUACAGUCCUACCGAGGUUGCCUCCUCACCCGCGGUAGAAGAGUCUGCCGAUGUCGACAUGCCGGAUGUGGUGUCUGACCUCGACGCCUCGCACGAGCUCAUUCCUGAGCCAGACUUGCAACAUGCGGACACUUCAGCAUCAGCUGCGAAUGAAACAAGCUUCUUUGAAAACGAGAUGCAAGCCAGUGGGAUCUCAGUGCCUACAGUAACGCCAUCUAAUCCACCGCCUCAGAGCCAGAUCAGUGAAGCACCUUCAACUCAAUCGAAGGGUAAUAAAAUGGCCGACCACUAUCACUACUUCUCAUUCCAGUCCACUGGCUCGGAUGAUGAGAGUUCUGAGGCUGAAAGUGAAGACGCCCGCGUUGAGCUCACUGAACAGGCACCUCAGUCAGUGGCCGUCAAUGAGCAGGUGACGACAAAGCCGCAGGCUCGCCUUGGAGUUAGGGAGUCAUCGUUUCCCGACGACCUUAUUAACUCGCAAUCACAGCCUGCGGCACAGCAGUCACAACAGCCAGCACUGCCCAGCCCCAAGGAUUCUCAGCCGCGGCAGCAGACAUUCUUCGCUGAGACACAACAUCGCAUUGAAUCGCAACCCUUUGAAACCCAGCUGCCGGUCCCCCUGCCGACUCCAGAGAUCACGAAUGAGGGGCUGAAACUCGCAAAGGAAGCACCUGUCGAAGAGAAAGCGCCACCUGCCACUCCUAAGAGGAAGCACACGCGCAAAACAUCCGCGAAAGAGAACAUGGCCGCCGUGGUGCGAAGGUCUCCCCGUAAUGCUGAGUCUCUAGCUGAGCAAGAGGUGCAAGAAACAGCUGUGCCAAAGCGCCAAACAAGAAGUCAACGCACGGCCUCACCCGAGCCUGCUCCAGCGUCUACGAGGCGACAAACAAGAUCGCAGCGUACGGCGUCCCCUGAGCCCUCCCAGAUCAGCUCUAAGCGCCAGACCAGGUCGCAACGCACAGUUUCUCCUGAGCCCAUUCAGCGGCAGACAAAUGCACAGCGCACGGCGACUCCUGAGAAUACAAUAUCAAGUAUGGCCUCGUUUGACGGCAAGCUGCUUUCUCCAGCCCCUCUAAAGCCUGUGAGACGGUCACCUAGGAAGUCGCGGGCGCUGACGGAGUCGUUCGAGGAGGCUGCAGAAGCGAGAGGUGAUAAUACUACUGAAGUGAAGUCGAGGCAGCAAACCGCCAAGAAGUCCACGAAGAAGCAGCUGAGUCAGCGACAAACUGAAGAGGACGAGCAUCAGCAUGCUGGCGAGGAUGCGACGCUGGUUCCAGAGCAGGUGCAUAUCGAGAGUGCAGAAGGCAAGCCCACUUCGGCCGUGGAGACGCCAAGCGCUGCUGCUCCCAAGACGCCUGGCAGGAAAUCACUGGCUGCUCGACUGGGCCAAGUGCCUGAAGUGAUCUCCUCUUGGUUUUCUCCUCGUCGCUCGACACGUCAACAGCUCGAAGAAGACUCUACUCUCGUGGCCGAUGCCACCAACGAGAAAGCGGAUCUACUGCAGAGAACAACGUCAAACGGCCUGAUUACUUCAUCUGCAUACUACACUCCACUGUCAAACCUUCAUGAGAAGCUCAAUCCUUCAAGCCAGCCCGGCGUAGACAACACGAUCGACAUCCUUGCAGUCGUGACAGACGACACCAAAGCUCCCGAACGCGCUAAAGGCGGUCCGAGAGACUACUUCACCAUCUUCAAGAUCGCUGAUCCUUCCACUUCCACCUCGGCGAAAGUCUCGAGUGUCCGAGUCGAAGUCUUCCGUCCAUGGCACGCGACUCUACCCGUUGCUCAGAAAGGCGAUGUCAUACUUUUGCGCAGCUUCGCUGUCAAAUCCCGUAAACGCCAGCCAUACCUCUUGUCGACAGAUGCGAGCGCUUGGCUUGUUUGGCGAUUCGGCGAAGAUGCACAGCGGCCUGGAAGUGCGGGAAGUCCUAAGCGGUCAACGAGAAGAGGUAGUUUGGUGGGACCGGGUGUGAGGGAAGAAGUGAAAGGUCCUCCGGUUGAGCUGGGGAGUGAGGAGAGGCAGCGUGCGAGGGAAUUGAGGGAGUGGUGGCAGGGAGUGUCGGGUGAUCUUAAUGCUGCAGCGGUCGAGAAGUAAUGCGCAACCUUCUAUGGUUGUUCAACUGCAAUGCUCAAUAGCUCAUGGCAGCAGCUACCCAAAGUGUCUUGGACAGAAUUGGUAUCAUUAUCAAAGCAGAAGAAGGUGCAACGAAGCGCAAUUCUCAUCCUAAACUUCGU